UGUCAGUGUCUCACGUUCUCUACCAGGGCCUGAGGCUUCUUCUGUUGAUGGCCUACUUCGACCUGCUGUUACAGAAAUGCACGUCGCUUGCUCACAUCAAGCAAGUCCAAGCCCACCUCAUAACCAAUGGAAUUUUCCAAUUUUCUCCUUCUCGUACGAAGCUUCUGGAGCUCUGCGCCAUCUCCGUUGCCGGGAACCUGGACUACGCAGGAGAGAUUUUCCGGCAAGUCAAUAAUCCGGUGACCAACGACUGGAAUGCCAUUAUUCGAGGUCUCGCACAGAGCAACGAACCCAGGCAGGCUCUCACAUGUUACCAAGCCAUGUGUCGCAGGCCAAAUAAGCCAGAUGCUCUCACCUGUUCAUUCGUCCUCAAAGCCUGUGCACGUGUGUUAGCCCUUUUAGAAGCCAAGCAGAUUCACUCCCAACUCGUUCGCUUCGGUUUUGAAGCCGACGUCUUGUUAUUGACGACUCUACUAGAUGUAUAUGCCAAAUCGGGUGACCUAGACAAUGCAGGGAAACUGUUCGACGAAAUGUGUGUGAGAGAUAUCGCUACUUGGAAUGCCUUGAUCUCUGGCAUGGCGCAAGGGAAUCGACCGAGUGACGCUUUGGCUCUGUUCCGUCAGAUGAGGGAAGAGGGCUUGAAACCGAAUGAGGUUACCGUCCUUGGUGCACUUUCAGCUUGCGCGCAAUUAGGCGCCUCGAGAGAGGGCGAGACCAUCCAUGGGUUCGUGCGGGAUGAGCAGCUUGACAUGAACGUGCAGGUUUGUAAUGCAGUCAUCGAUAUGUACGCUAAGUGUGGGUUGAUUGACAAGGCAUGCGAUGUUUUCAAUGGAAUGCGCUGCGCUAGGAGUCUUGUGUCAUGGAAUUCGAUAAUCAUGGCACUUGCGAUGCAUGGCCGUGGGUCUCACGCGCUUCAGUUGUUCACCCAGAUGCAUCACACCCACGUGGAGCCUGAUGCAGUCACAUACCUUGCUGCACUUUGUGCGUGCAACCAUGGAGGUCUGGUUGCAGAUGGGCGUAGAUUGUUUAACUCUUUGCUGGAGUCUGGGUUGACACCCAAUGUUAAGCACUAUGGGACCCUUGUGGACCUCCUUGGUAGAGGAGGGCAGCUCGAAGAAGCUUAUCAAAUCAUAAGAUCCAUGCCCAUGGUCCCAGAUGUUGUCCUCUGGCAAACCUUACUUGGGGCUUCCAAGACUUAUGGGAAUGUUGAGAUGGCAGAGCGAGCAUCUCGAGCUCUUGUGGAGAUGGGAUCAAAUAGUGAUGGUGACUUUGUGUUGUUAUCAAACGUUUAUGCUGCACACCAGAGAUGGGAUGAUGUGGGAAGGAUCAGGGAGGCAAUGAGGAGUAGAGAGGUAAAGAAGGUACCUGGAUUCAGCUUCAUAGAAGUGGGAGGUGUGGUACACAAGUUUGUUAAUGGUGAUCAGACCCAUUCAAAUUGGCGGGAGAUCUAUAGGAAAUUGGAUGAGAUUAAUUUUAAGAUUAAGUCAUACGGGUACAUGCCUGAGACUAGUUUUGUGUUGCAUGACAUCGGAGAAGAAGAGAAGGAGAACGCAUUGUCUUACCAUAGUGAGAAGUUGGCCGUAGCUUUUGGCUUGAUUAUUAUGGAUGAUGGGACCCCAAUUCAAGUGAAUAAGAAUCUUAGGAUAUGCGGAGAUUGUCAUGUUGUAAUCAAGCUCAUUUCGAAGAUUUAUGAUCGUGAAAUUGUAGUGAGGGAUCGAGCUCGGUUUCACCAUUUCAAAAAUGGCAUUUGUUCCUGUGGAGAUUAUUGGUAGGUUUUAUCUUAUACUUAUUUUUGGCAGAAAUGAAAAUAUAUUGCUUGAGAUGGUUGUGAAAAUCUCUGGCGCCGGUCUAGAGUAGCCAUUGGUGAGACUGGAUUCUUCAAGAACAUGCUUAUUCCUUUAUUACAGUAGCCUCCCAAUAAAUUGGGUGAAUAACAUGUUCCAAGGUUUUACAGAAAUUUUAAAUUGAGUAUCCUCAUGUUAUCAAAUUCCUUCCUAGAGGCUCUGAGCAAGGAUGGAUAUAUAGAUGGGAACAUGGAAAACAAAAAUAUCAAGAUUGAUAUUUAUGAAUGAUUGCAGUUUUAUGACAGUAUAUAAAUCAGGGACUCUUCGAUUUGUAAAUAAAGAAUUCAAAGAAGCCUGCUGUGACAACUGAACCAGAGAGAAGGAUCCAAAGCUGAGGAGAUGGGAAUUUACAACAACUUUUCUAGUUGAUAUUGAUAGGAUUUGAUACUGGAUAAUUAAUAGCACCUUUGAGCAGGACAUCCUACCACUAAGUUAUGAAACAAAGUGGAAUUAUUUGGCCACAGCCUCACAAAGUAGCUCCAAUUUGAUGGAGGAUGGUACUAUUCCAGAAAUGUAAUGGCUCUAGCUAUGUGAAGCUAAUUCAGUUGAGUUACUUUCUCUUCUUCAUCGAGAGGGAAAGAAGUUUUGCUAGGAAGAGAUUCACUUGUCAACCAUCAGGCUAAAAAUUUAUUCUUUAUAUUAUGAUCCUUGACUUAAAGCAUUGCAGUAAAGAGUUUCUUCUCCUUGAGGGAUACUAUGCCAAAUUGAAUCAGCUUCAGAUUUUGGCAGCUUUUAUGGGCAGGAGUGUUGAGCCUUUGACAAACAUAUGGUAAAACCAUGCGGUGCAGGUAGUUGGUGUUUUAUAAACAAUUUACUAAUUAGCCUAAAUACUCAGAUUAUUUCAGAUAACUUCUGUAGCCGAAGAGUAUGUGGACCCUCAAUCAAAGAGGUAUCCCCCCACUGAUGAGAUGUAUAUUUUUAUUUUAUUUUUUCAUGUCCAAGCUUCAAUCUUGAGGAAAAUGUACAUUUUAUUUGAUCCAUUUGUUGCUGACGAGCAAGGUGAUGCUUUGCAAAGCUUGCAGGGGAAUAGAAGAAUUUCACUUGAAUAAGUGUGCUCCUUAGUCAUAGACAAGAUAUGAAUUUUCAGCCUACAUUCUGAUCUGUAUCUUUAGAGAAUGAAAUUGUAAAACUUAUCUUGGUGAUAGGGUUGUAUAACUUAGUCCAAGGUAAGGUAUUUUCUAAAGACAGGAUGCAAGAGUGAUGGUAGAGUUGAGCUUUUAAAAUAUGGUGAUUUGGACUUUCCAGUGUGAA